ACUUGCUUUCCAGGUUAAAAAAAAAGUUCCCUCCAUCGAUAAACAAAUCCCCACAGCUUCGCGCUUCCUUAUCCAUCCAGAGUUCCAGACCUUCCUUGUCUCUCUUCUUCCUCGCGACCCUCACGAACCCAACCCCUCUGCCCCGUCCAUCCCCGUCGCGCCGCCAGGGCAAGCCCGCGUCGCCGCCUCCCGGGAGCCACGUGCCGCCGCGCCGCCAGGGCGAGCCCGCGCCGAGGGGUCCCCGCGCAACCGCCGCGCCCGGGGGCCGCGCGACGCCGCGCCGGUGGGCCGCACGCCGCCGCGCCCGGGGGUCCGCGCCGCCGAGACCAGGGCCAGCGCCGCCGGGUGCCAAGGCCAAGGUCGGCCGGAGUUCCAGAUCUGCAACAAGGCAAAGGUGAAGGUCCAUCAUCUCUUGGUGUUGAGUGAGGCGCGGCAAUCAGUCCCUGCGGCUAAAGAAGGUUCUGGCACGACAACCUCCUGCAGCCAAAGAAGAUCUGUAGAGACACAUUCAAAGAUUACCAGUGCCUCAGGCAGAUUUCAACCUUACUUUGAGGGAUGCAUAGGAGCUUUGGAUGGUACACAUAUACCAGCAUGUGUACCUUUCCAUAUGCAAAAUCGGUUCAGGGGUAGAAAAAAUAUGACCAGCCAAAAUGUGCUAGCAGCAGUUGAUUUUGACCUAAGAUUCAUAUAUGUUCUUGCUGGAUGGGAAGGAUCAGCCCAUGAUUCUUAUGUGCUACAAGAUGCUCUAUCACGUCCUAAUGGGCUUAAAAUACCAGAAGGCAAAUAUUUCCUAGCUGAUGCUGGAUAUGCAGCAAGGCCUGGUGUACUCCCCCCAUACCGUGGUACCCGAUAUCACCUAAAAGAGUUUAAGGGGACCAGGGAGCCGGAGAGCCCCAAGGAAUUAUUUAAUCAUCUCCAUUCCUCACUUAGAACUACUGUUGAACGAGCAUUUGGUACCCUCAAGAAUCGUUUCAAAAUCUUUGCAAGUCAGCCAUUCUUCCCUUUGAAAACACAAGUCAAAAUUGUGAUGGCUUGUUGUGCGCUUCAUAAUUGGAUCUUAAUGGACGGUCCUGAUGAGUAUGUUUAUGAUGAUGCUACUUGGUACUCAACCCUGCCUCGAAGUAUAAGAAAUCGUAGUGAUACACAUCAAGAAAAUGUAGCAUGGGCUAGAAAAAGAGAUGGGAUGGCUCAAAGGAUGUGGGAAGAUAAAGUAGGAGCAGCUCUCAAUUAGGUUGAACUAAUUAUGUAACCAAUGUGCUGUUGACUUGCAUGUUUUUUCUUGUAAUGUGUACUUUCAUGUGUGGAACUUGACCUAUAUAUUUAUAUAAGAGUGAUUCUUGCUACUGUCUA